AUAGCCGAACAGGUACUAUUUUAAAUAAAGAGUCUUUGGAAAACGAAGCGUUAGAAGAUUCSACCUCCCUUCUGGAUAACAGAAAGAAAAGACAAGGCAUUUAUCGAUUUAGACUGGAAUAAGAAGGGCUUAUUGAAGAAAUCAGAGGUUUCGUUUGGUUCUGAUAUUGUUUGUAAAAAGUCUGUGAAGGUAGCGAAAGACAUUACAGUAUGAUACCAAGCUGCUCGUCGAGUUUUCGUCGAGGAUCGYUAAUUACACAGCUUGACUUUGACGAUAUUGUGAAAGUUGAACGGCAAGGUUUCUUAUUUCAAGGAACAAUGUGUAAUGGCGAACAAUCGCUUCAAGUUGUACCUGAUUUAGACGGGAUACGAGAUGAUACAGGCUUGGAGAAACACUUAACUGAUUUGCAUUUUACAUGGCCUAGAAUCGCUGUAAAUAUGGUCACUUCGCAGGGAGAGUCUUACCCGACUAACGAAUCGUAYCCUCGCAGUCCGUUUCUUCCCAAGACUUCUAUAUCUGAGAUUGAUAACAUGGGGMUUUUAUCACCGUUAUUUUCCCUAUCAAACACAGCUUCGCCAGCUCUUAAAACUCCUUCUACUUUAUACGAAAUAUGCUGUUCUUCACGAAAAUCUUCCGAUGAUUUAUCGAUUUAUCUUCCCGAUAAUUUUACUCCGGCCUCAUUAGAGAGCUUAGACAAAUCCAUUCAUAGGACUGUCUUUCAAUUUCCUCCGACAACGUCUCGAACUUAUGACGAAAAUGUGUUUCUUGAUCAAGACAAAAGCGGAAAAGUAUCACCGACUUCAGCUAGUAUUGUCAAAACACCGUGCAAUUUAACCAAAGUACAGGAAGUCAGUCGAGAUUCCUCAAUGAUAGAACAAGUCAAAUCAGAAAAACUAGAGAUUAAAAGGCUCGAUGAUAUUGCUUCUGUGAAAGAGAAAAGAGCAAAAGAGAAACGCAAAAAUAAAGAAGCAAAAAUAAACAGCGCAAAACGAAGAAAAUACAAUAACAGCGAAAGCGAUCAGACAAAGGAACCCUCACCGCUGCUUCGAAAUAAAAUGGAGAGAGAUCGACGAAAUGAUUUAAAUAACAGAUUUCAAAAGCUACGRGAAAGUAUGCCAGAAGACGUUGCCAAGGACAACGUGUCUAAGAUUUCCAUAUUAAAAGCAGCGACGUCAUAUGUGGAAGASCUUGUCGCUCAAGAACAUGAGCUUAUCGAAAUAUCACAAACCGAGAAGAACAAAAAUGAACAGUUGUUGGAAAAACUUGUAAGCAUCAAUCAGARUAUUAAYAACUUACUUCAAGUAGAAAUGGCUUUUGCGACAAUGAGUUUUCAAGACUCGCCGCCGUAUCGACCCGAAGAAGAAAGUAGUUUUUUCAUUGUCCCGGACACAGAAUUGAGCGUUUGGGAUUCCCUUUCAMUCAUGACUCCACCGCUAACUCCAGUGGAUAUCAGCUCGCACGACAGAGAAAUCAUCAAACACUUUUCAAGCCAAGACUCAAGGUGCACCACAGAGCCAUUACUUCAUGAAAACUUUUUAAACUCGAAAGAUUUAUGUCGAGGGACAUCUCCUGCAAUUCUUAACGACAUUAUGUGGAACUCUGGCCAAAAACACAAGCGACCAGACUCUGCCAUGGAAAUUGAUGUCAGAUUUAACUUAAAUGGAACUCCGCUGAGUUUUGACCAGCCGAUAGCUAACACAAUUGUCGACAAUUCGGAGUUAUUUUCGUUUUCAUUGCUCGAAAACUCGUGCGAAUCACAUCAAGAAGUAAAAAGUCCCAUUGRCGUGCAAGACKCUAGUGAUUCCGAAGAAGAAAUUGACGUCGUAAGUGUUCAAGCUGAGAGCCAAACUCCACAAUGCACAGCGAAACCUAAAAUWACGCUUCAGAAAAUUCACAAAAAAGACGAAAAUUUGACGUCAGAUAGCGAAGGGGAGGUUACACGGAUAUCRCACAACGACCUUGAACGAAAGCGGCGAAAYGAACUACGAAAUCGCUUUAACAGUCUACGAGAAAGCAUUCCUUCACUCAGCAACAACGAAAAAGCAGCAAAAAUAACAAUACUACGAAAAGCCUAUGAGCUGAUUCCAGCUUUACAGAAAGAAGAAAAUAAAUUAGUCACAGAAAAAGAKUACCAGAGRAGAAAACACAGCGAACUUUUAAAAAGACUGUCAAAACUCAGCUCACUAUUUAGAUAAUUUAAUAUCRUGUUAAUUAUUAAAUAUUUGUAAAUAAACAGAUUUUUUGUGAAAAUAACAAGUUAUCGCAACUAAUCCGCUAACCCGCUAUUGCCAAAUUAGGUUGUUUUAACAGUGGGACAGACGUGUUUUUUCCUGUACAUUAUCGUUUUAUAACUUUGUUUAUGCCACUUUUUAUUGAAUCUAAGUAUUUGUUGAGAACAUUUUACGCAUAGAAUAUAUAAUUGAACUUUGUCAAAGAGUUUUUAAACGAAUGCAUUUAAAAGCGCAGUAGAUGUAAAUAAAAGCAUUGAGCAAAUGGUUUUCACACUUCUUGUACAAAAAGUUUCUUACUAAAUUUCACAUUUAGUUUCCUCAUUGAUUAACAUUCAUGGAUUUCAUUUUGAUGUUAUAUUUUUCAAAAAUAAUCCAAAGUAACCAUGAAUACUACAUACAAAUACAAGCUUUCUAUAGUUUAUUGUCAUUGAUUAAGACUUCGUGAUUACAACUAAUAAAAAUCAA